UUAAGCAUUCCAAGAUUAUUCCUAUUCCUAUUUAUCCAUCCUCCGCAUAUAUUUUUCAAAUCAAAAUCACAAAUGUAUAGCCACAAACCAUGGCGGCUGCCCCUUAUUCCUCUCAAAGUUCAACUAUAUAAAAAAUAUAAAAUCGCCUCAGUUGAAAUUUGGUACCUAGUUACUUUUUCAUCCAUUUGAUUUGAUGGAUCGUUUCUUGAUGGGCACAACGCAAUUGAAGAUCUUGAAACUGCAGUUGGUUGUAGUGGCUUUGGCUUUAAGGAGAUGAUGAAUCUGGUCACAAGUCCUUCCAAGCUUUUCUCUCAGUUUACGCGAAGGGUUUCGGAUCUAGAUUGGAGGCUUCUGUUGCUGAUUCUUCUCCCUCUCUCUCUUCUGUUCUACGCUUCUCUCUCCACCAUUUCCUCUGCUUUCAUCGGCGGGGCGACCUUCGUCACCAGCCCCCUGAGGUCCAUUUUCACCGUCGUCGACUCGCUCGAGAAUCUGACCGCUAUCGCCGCCGCGCCACUGCCGGCCGAGGUGAUUACGCUCCGGUUUAAGAACGAGUCGGAGGCGAAGGCAAAUGCUACAGUGGCGCUUCCGCGCCGGUCGGGCAGGAAGGUGAGUUUGGAUGGAUCGAAGAUUGCGGUUUGUUUAGUGGGUGGAGCUCGGAGGUUCGAGCUGACGGGGCCAUCCAUUAUCCAGAACAUUCUCAGAGUCUAUCCCAAAUCUGACCUCUUCCUUCACAGCCCACUGGAUUCCAACUCUUACAAGUUGUCGUUGCUCAGAAACGCACCCAGAAUCGCGGCCGUUAAGAUCUUCAAGCCCACUCGCAUCAACGAGACCGAGUCACAGGCCAGAGUUCUAACGGCCCGAAACUCGCCAAAUGGCAUUCAGGGGUUGUUGCAAUACUUUAAUCUGGUGGAAGGCUGUCUCACUAUGAUCCGUGCGUUCCAAACCAAGAAUAACUUCACCUAUCAAUGGAUCGUCCGCACCAGAGUUGACGGAUACUGGUCCCACCCUCUAGCACCCCAAAACUUCAUUCCCGGACACUACGUUGUCCCGCCGGGCUCAUCGUACGGCGGCCUGAACGACCGAAUCGGCAUCGGUGACUUCAACACCUCUGUGGUGGCUCUGUCACGGCUUUCCAUGAUUCCCCAGUUGGAUGCAGGGGGGCAUGCGCAGCUCAACUCCGAGAGCGCAUUCAAGGCCCAGCUCACAACCCAAAAGGUACCUUACAAGACUAUUCGCCUCCCGUUCUGCGUCGUAACGGAUCGGCAAUACCCCUUCCCUCCGGGGGCGAAUGGGGUCCCCGUGGCGGCACUGUCCAGCCCGGGGCCAUUAAGCGGGGCAAAAUGCAGGCCCUGCAAGCCUGCGUGUAGUCGGGCUUGCGUUCCCCCGGUAAUGAGCCGCCUCAACAAAUUGUGGAGCUGGACGGAUUGGGCGAACAACACCAUAGAGCUGUGCGACGCUCACGGGGAGUGGGAGGAAGGAUGGGAGAAAUUAUUCGAUGAAGUUGCCGGUAAGAAGCUGGGUGCAGCCCGGAAGCGAGUGAAGAAGCUGAGUGUUCAAGGAUGUAUAAGGGACUUCAAGGCGAUGAAAUUGAAGUCGGCAUCAUGGAAGGCUCCUUCUGCAGUGGAGAUAUGCGAGCUAGGCUUGCUUGGCGGCUUAAAAUCUGGGACUGUGACUGGCUAAACCCGGCCACACUAUUAUAUUUUUAAUUAUUUAAUGAAUGUCGGUGCCGUCUGUCUUGUAUAUAUAGGCCGGAGGGGCAGACUCUAGCUAGUAUAGAUCAGAAUUAUUGAAUAUAGUAUAUUAUUAUACCACCUUUAAGUUUUGAUCUUUAA